GUCACUAUGGUGACAGGGAGGUCGGGAGGUUUCUUGGUAACUGGUCCUAGCUCUGUGGGAGCAAUCGCCACUGCUUUCCUGGAAUUUAAGAAAGAGAGAGAGAGAGCACAAGCAUGGGGAAUGGCAGGCAGAGGGAGAAGGAGAAGCAGGCUCCCCUCUAAGCAGAGAGCCUGAUGUGGGAUUCGAUCCCAGGACCCUGGAAUCAUGACCUGAGGCGAAGGCAGCCGCUUAAUGGACUGAGCCACCCAGUGAAUACAAUCAAGUUGCAUUUUAUAAUUUUGCUGAAAGUGGAGACAUGAGACUGAAGAUCUCUCUUUUAAAAGAACCAAAACAUCAAGAAUUAGUAAGCUGUGUGGGCUGGACUACUGCUGAAGAACUGUAUUCAUGUAGUGAUGAUCACCAGAUAGUGAAGUGGAACUUGUUAACCAGUGAAACAAGUCAAAUAGUAAAGCUUCCUGAUGAUAUUUACCCCAUAGAUCUUCACUGGUUUCCAAAAAGUUUAGGCAUAAAGAAACAAACUCAAGCAGAAAGCUUUGUCCUCACAAGUUCUGAUGGUAAAUUUCAUCUGAUUUCUAAGUUAGGAAGAGUGGAAAAAAGUGUAGAAGCUCACUGUGGAGCAGUUCUUGCAGGAAGAUGGAAUUAUGAAGGAACAGCAUUAGUUACAGUUGGAGAAGAUGGACAAAUAAAAAUCUGGUCAAAGACUGGGAUGCUGAGAUCAACUUUAGCUCAGCAAGGAACACCAGUAUAUUCAGUAGCGUGGGGCCCUGAUUCAGAAAAGGUUCUUUACACAGCAGGCAAGCAGCUGAUCAUUAAACCUCUUCAACCAAAUGCUAAAGUUUUACAGUGGAAAGCUCAUGAUGGCAUUAUUCUAAAAGUAGAUUGGAACUCUGUCAAUGAUCUGAUUUUGUCUGCUGGUGAGGACUGUAAAUAUAAGGUAUGGGAUAGUUAUGGCCGCCUUUUGUACAAUUCACAACCUCAUGAGCAUCCUAUUACCUCAGUUGCCUGGGCUCCAGAUGGAGAGUUAUUUGCUGUUGGAUCGUUCCAUACUUUACGCUUGUGUGAUAAAACUGGGUGGUCAUAUGCUUUAGAAAAGCCCAACACUGGCAGCAUAUUUAACAUUGCAUGGUCAAUUGAUGGCACUCAGAUCGCCGGAGCCUGUGGAAAUGGGCAUGUUGUUUUUGCACACGUGGUGGAGCAGCGUUGGGAGUGGAAAAAUUUUCAAGUAACCUUAACGAAACGAAGAACCAUGCAGGUUCGUAAUGUUCUUAAUGAUGCAGUGGAUUUACUGGAAUUCCGUGAUAGAGUCAUUAAAGCAUCUUUGAACUAUGCACACUUAGUUGUUUCAACGUCUCUUCAAUGUUAUGUGUUCUCUACGAAGAACUGGAAUACACCACUUAUAUUUGAUCUUAAAGAAGGAACUGUUAGUUUAAUUCUGCAGGCAGAAAGACAUUUUCUUCUUGUAGAUGGUGGGGGUAUCUAUUUAUAUUCUUAUGAAGGCCGCUUCAUUUCUUCUCCAAAAUUUCCUGGAAUGAGAACAGAUAUUCUGAAUGCACAGACUGUGUCUCUGAGUAAUGAUACCAUAGCAAUAAAAGACAAAGCUGAUGAAAAAAUAAUCUUCCUUUUUGAGGCAUCAACUGGAAAACCAUUAGGCGAUGGCAAGCUUCUUUCUCAUAAGAAUGAAAUUUUGGAAAUUGCUCUGGAUCAAAAGGGACUUACCAAUGAUAGAAAAAUUGCCUUCAUUGAUAAAAAUAGAGAUCUCUGUAUCACUUCAGUGAAACGAUUUGGGAAGGAAGAACAAAUUAUCAAACUUGGAACAAUGGUGCAUACUUUGGCAUGGAGUGAUACAUGUAAUAUCCUUUGUGGACUUCAAGAUACUCGAUUUACAGUGUGGUAUUACCCCAAUACGGUUUAUGUGGACAGAGACAUUUUGCCUAAAACAUUAUAUGAAAGGGAUGCAAGUGAAUUUAGUAAAAAUCCCCAUAUUGUGAGUUUUGUUGGAAAUCAAGUAACUAUAAGAAGAGCUGAUGGCUCACUGGUUCACAUCAGCAUAUCACCAUAUCCUGCUAUUCUCCAUGAAUAUGUAAGCAGUUCAAAAUGGGAAGAUGCUGUAAGACUUUGUCGCUUUGUUAAGGAGCAAACCAUGUGGGCUUGCCUAGCUGCUAUGGCAGUUGCUAACAGAGAUAUGACCACUGCAGAAAUAGCCUACGCAGCAAUUGGUGAAAUUGAUAAGGUUCAGUACAUUAAUUCUAUAAAAGAGCUUCCAUCUAAAGAAUCAAAAAUGGCUCACAUAUUAAUGUUUAGUGGGAACAUACAGGAAGCUGAAAUGGUACUUCUUCAGGCUGGCCUUGUUUAUCAAGCAAUCCAGAUCAAUAUUAAUCUCUAUAACUGGGAAAGGGCACUUGAAUUGGCUGUAAAAUACAAAACACAUGUUGAUACAGUUCUUGCUUACCGUCAGAAGUUUUUGGAGACAUUUGGUAAACAGGAAACUAAUAAACGAUACUUGCAGUAUGCAGAAGGUCUCCAAAUAGAUUGGGAGAAAAUCAGAGCCAAAAUUGAGAUGGAAAUUACUAAAGAACGAGAGCGAUCAUCAACCAGCCAGUCCAGCAAGAAUAUAGGUCUGAGGCACUAAAUUUCUUGCUUACCUCAAAGAAUUUUUACCUUUUGAAACUAAUUCUGAUUAAUCAAGGAUAAUCAUAUUUUCAAUGCUAAAAAAAAAAACAGACUCUUUAAGUAUAAGCACUUGCUGUGUAUUUAAAACUAAAAGUACAUUCAGAAAGACUAAUCACAAAAUAAUUGAUGUAAUUUCAUCUUUUAUAUAUUUUAGUCCAAUAAUUACAAAAUAUUCCUAUAUGUUUAUUAUACACCUAUGUAGUAUUGCUAACAUUCCAGUUUUUUGUCCAUUAUUUUAUCCCUGAAUCUUCAGCAUGAACAAAUAUUAAUUCUGAUAAUAAAACAUUGGACUCUUUAAAAUGUAUGUUAUCAUUAAUUUUUAUUCAACCUCUAAAUUGUAAGAUGUUCCAAAAGUUUAUUUAUAUAAGAAAAAUACAUGAGGGUGGAUUUAUGAAAAUGUGUGUAUAUAUAUAUAUGUGUGUGUGUAUAUAUAUAUAUUUAUACAUCAAUGUUCAUAGCAGGAUUAUGCACAGUAGCAAAAACAUGGACAAAAAAGAUGUCUAUCAACAGAUGAAUGGAUAAACAAAAUGUAGUGUAGACAUUCAGUGGAAUAUUAUUCAGCCUUUAAAAAGAAGGAAAUUCUGACACAUGCUACAACAUGGAUGAACCUUGAAAAUAUUGUGCUAAGUGAAAUAAGCCAGACUAUUGUAUGAUCCCACUUAUAUGAGGUGCCUACAAUAGGGAAGUUCAUUGAGACAGAAGAAAUAGUGGUUGCCAGGCACUGGAGGGGAGUUGGAAAUGGGGCAUUAUUGUUUAAUGAGUACAGAAUUCCUGUUUGGGAUGAAUGAGUUCUGGAAAUGGACAGUGGUGAUGGUUGCACAGCAUUGUGAAUAUAGUUAAUGCCACUGAAUCGUACACUUAAAAAUGGUUAAAGUGGUAAAUUUUGUUAUAUAUAUAUAUCUUACAAUUUUUUAGACAUAUAUCUAGGAUGGACAAGAAAUAUUUUCCUCAUUCCUCCUUGACUUGAGAAUGUUCAGGCGUUAGGUCCUGGAGUCUGAAUUUGUGAAAAUCUUAAAUGAUAAACCUUUUUGACUACCUUAAUUCAGUAUGUCCUAAAAUUAUUGCCACAAAAGCUUUUGAACAUUAACACAAAUACUCCUUAGAAAAUCCUCCAUGAAGUAAAUUUUGGAAAGGUAGAUUAUGGACUGAGUGUAUGCGUAUGUAUUGGAAAGUGACUACCUCUCUCACUCCCAUUUUAAUGAAUAUAUCUAGAUUUCUUUUAUGAAAAUGUUUCUGUCUUUUUAAUGUAUUUCUUUUCUUUUUUGGAAUGUUGAAAUAUUCUGUUCUUCAUCCAGAUGCUGGGUGUAAGAGUGAGUUCAGUUUGUGAAAUAUGAUUGAGCAGUUUACUUAUAAGUUGUACUUAUUUAUAUGUUUUACAUUAUGUUAUAUUCCAAUAAAAAGUUUAAAAAGAAA